UUCGUACAAAUUAACUUAUUUUAAUUUCGUUGCUGUAAUUUUAUCACCUCAAACGCCAGUUGAUGUUGAAAAAAGUUAAAAUUUACUAUGUUUUAUAAAAUCGAACUAUGCAAAAAUUGGGUAUUACUUUUACUAGGAGUUGGAUGCUAUCGAAAGAACUAAUGCCCAUGAUGGCAAUACUACAGCGAAUAGUAAUAGCAACGUUAGUGACUUUAAGCCUAAAAAACAUUUGUGUGCUAACAGAGAUGGCGGAAGGAAUUUGUGAUAACAUUAACAAAGAAGAAAGUACGGAGAGUGGAUGUGGAUGUUCUUUAAACAGGAAAACUCCUGAAGAAAACUUCAAGACAGUGUUAGAUCGCGAGUCUGUAAAAACCAGUUCAGAUGAAUCAGAGUCUAGUCAUAGUAGUACUAUUCAUUCAAAUACAUAUUCUGAUGUUGUUAUUAAUAAACAAACACCUGAAAAUAUUCGAACAAAUCACAUGGUUUUCAUAAAAGGUGGAGAAUUUCAGAUGGGAACAAACAAGCCAGUUUUAGCUGACGGUGAAGGCCCAGUUAGACAGGUUAAAUUAAGCAGUUAUUUCUUAGAUGUGUUUGAAGUCAGCAAUAAAGAGUUUGAGGUUUUUGUUAAUCAGACAGGCUUUGUGACAGAGGCUGAGAAGUUUGGAGAUUCUUUUGUGUUGGAAGGAAUGAUCAGUGAAAAAGUCAAGAAGGGCAUCACACAGGCUGUAGCAGCUGCCCCCUGGUGGCUCCCAGUAAAAGGAGCUGAUUGGAAACAUCCAGAAGGACCAGAUACUGAUAUUACUGGAAGAAUGGAUCACCCAGUUAUACACGUGUCUUGGAAUGAUGCUACUGCUUAUUGCCACUGGGCAAGGAAGAGAUUACCUACAGAAGCUGAGUGGGAGAUGGCUUGUCGAAGUGGACUCAAAGAUAGACUGUUUUCCUGGGGAAACAAAGUGAUGCCUUUCGAUGAACAUUACAUGAACAUCUGGCAAGGAGAAUUUCCGAUUAACAACACUGCCGAUGAUGGAUUCUUAGGAACAGCUCCAGUUACGAAUUUUCCUGCCAACAAGUUUGGUCUGAAGAAUAUGCUUGGCAAUGUUUGGGAGUGGACACAAGACUGGUGGACAGUCUAUCAUUCACCUGAGCCAGCAGAAAAUCCAAAGGGUCCAAAAACAGGUCAAGAUAAAGUCAAAAAAGGAGGGUCUUAUAUGUGUCACAAAAGCUACUGUUACCGCUAUCGUUGUGCUGCUCGAAGUCAGAACACACCUGAUACAUCAUCUGGAAAUCUUGGUUUUCGCUGUGCAGCUAAUCAUCUUCCACCGUACUUAAAAGAAGAGGCUUCUAGGGGGUGACAGAGAAAUUAUGAUACUUUUAAACACAUGUUUAUUGGUUUAAGUCAUAUUAAGUGUGAAUUAAAGUGGUUACUGUGUAAAAAUUGCGUUAUGUUUUAAAGUUUUAUCAUCAAAUAGCUGAAAAGGCACAAAAUGCUGUCAAAUUAAUGACUUGACAUUAGCAUGUUAAAACUGCACAAUCGAGUUCCAAGUGGAAGUGAAGAAUACAUAUAAUGCUAAAGCUAACAUUUACUGUCACCUGAAUGGAGAACAGUAAAGAAAGAAUUAUAAUUAGUAUAUUUCACAAUGA